GGAAACGCCAUCUUUCACCUUAAUCAUUUGUCUAACACAGGCGAUCAGCUAUUUUAGAUACAUAUUAAAUUAUCCCAGUCAUAUUAUUGGUUAAUGUGAAUGUUAGUUUUGGUGGGCGGGGGGUUUAAAAAUAUUUUAGCCGCACAUGGAGGACGGGAGGAGGCUGAUACAGAAAGUUUGAGAAGCAGGAGCUGGAUCUACAGAAAGAAACGACGGUGUAGUGAACAAGUGCAAAGAUGAAGCCGGCUGUAAUAGCUCUGUUGUGUCUGUCCCUUCUUUUGGUUGAUGUUCGUUUUUCGUGGGCCAAGAAAAAAGGAGGGUUCGGUGGGAAAUUAAAUAUCUUUAAGACGACCCCCAAAAAAGACAAAGUGGACACAAAGUCUAAGAGUGGAGUCCUUAAACAACCUAAACAAACUGAACAAGUCAACCAAGGAGGCUACCCACAGCAGCCAAGCCGACCAGGAAGUUACCCUAACCAAGGGGGUUACCCUAACCAAGGGGGUUACCCUAACCAAGGGGGUUACCCUAAUCAAGGAGGAUACCCAAAUCAAAGGGGUUACCCUAACCCAGGGGGCCACCCUAACCAAGGAGGCUACCCUCAGCAACCAAACCGACCAGGGAGUUACCCAAACCAAGGGGGUUACCCUAACCAAGGCGGUUAUCCUAAUCAAGGAGGAUACCCGAAUCAGGGUGGUUACCCUAACCAAGGAGGUUACCCUUACCAAGGAGGUUACCCUAACCCAGGAGGCCACCCUCAGCAACCAGGCAGACCAGGGGGUUACCCUUAUCAAGGUGGCUACCCUAACCAAGGAGGCUACCCUCAGCAACCAGGCAGACCGGGUGGUUACCCUAACCAAGGAGGCUACCCCCAGCAGCCAGGAUACCCAGUUGGGGGCUAUCCCGCUGGCAGUUACCCAGCACAGGGCUACCCAUAUGGAGGAGGUUAUGGCAGUUACGGUGGUCAUGGCGGAUAUGGUGGUUAUGGAAGUUAUCCAGGUGGAUACAUGAACUACAACCCAAACAACAAAAUCCUGAGUCCUCACGAUGGUGGCAGCUUUGGAUAUGGGGGCCAUGGUGCUGGGGGCGGCUCUCCCUUUUCACACUCAGUACAGGCAAUGGGCAUAUAUCCCUCUGAUAAAUCCAGAGGAUUUGGACGUAGCGCUGUAAUGGCAGCAGCUGGAGGGGCUGUGGCGGGGAUGGCCCUGGGUUAUGGACUAGGAAGAUUCCCCCGCCCUCCCUUCCACUUCCACAACCCCCAAGAGGAGUAUUACUACAACCACUACAUGUACAAAAGAUAUGGUACCAAGUCUACUGAUACCAAUGACUACAGCAGAGACUAUACGUACAGCAAACCUCCUGAGACUUAUGAUAGCUACAUGGACUCCUGCAUGAAGAGAACAGACCUUCUGCCUUCAGAGAAUCGAAAAAGCAAACCAGCUGCAGCUACUACAACUACAAGUACAACUACCACAACUACUUCUGUAACUAACGCACCUACUUCUGUAAGUAAUGCAACUACUUUUGUAACCAACAUAACUACUUCUGUAACCAACACAACUACUGCUGCCCCAGACUCUGGCAUUGGCAGAAACACAACAAAGAGCAACAACACUGCAGCAGAAAACCCAACUACUGCACCUUCAUCUUCACACCCUCUAAAUGAGUCUGAAGCCAAUCCAGAGCCUCCAGCUUCCCUCGCUCUCCUAAAAGCUGCUACUGAUGAUGAUGAUGAUGAUGAUACAGUCAGCAUUGUGGAGAUCGGCUACCCCGCACUGAUUGAGCAGAUGAAGGCCAGGAUAUGUGUAGAGCGGUACAUGGUCUACUCUGAAAAAUACUUAAAGAAAAAGACGGAGCCAAGCAUCAUCGCUGGGGUGCAGGGACUGCAGAUGGGCUUGCAAGGGCUUUUAGCUGUGAUCACCAGCACUACAGUGAUGCUACUCAACAGCAACAUGUUAAUACUGCUGUGCUGAGGCCUUCUUUAAAAUUUAAAAUGAGGGACAAAAAAAGAAAAAAGUGUACAACAAACAAUGUGUUAAAUAUAUCAACUACAUAUCUUGAAACAUAUCUUGAUGAGGUUUUGGGUUUUGUAGCUGUAGACUCAUUCUUGUUUUAUUUAUUCAAGCCAACUGUGUAGUGUCUAACACAAGUGACUGAGGGGAUUAGUUUGCACCCUGGAGCUGUUACAGGCUCUGCCAUGGUGAUGAUCUGUGUAAAUAAACAGCUCUGCAAUGAUAGCUCUGUGAAUACAAUGGCGUUAUCACAAAGGGUGCUGAUGUUGGAGGCGAGCUGAAUAUUAUAUUUAAUGAAAAAAAUGUAAUGAAUAUUAGAAUAUUUAUAUUAUUGGUGCUUUAGACAAUAGAGGGGUUUCACAUUGUAAGCAUUAGGGUAGUAAAAACAAUUAUAUGAAAAUAGCAUAUUACAAAAACUACUAUGAGUAUAUGUAACAUUAUUAGUGGCUUCUUUGGUCUGAUAUAUGAACUGAAUUAAGUUUUCCUACUGUCAUGUCAGCUUUUUAUUUGAUAGAAACAGAUGGUUAUGGGGGUCACAGAAUAAUUCAUCACAGAAAGUUUUUAAUGUUGUUUUUUUAGUGUACUUUGAAUGACCAGCAGGUGGCGUCAGCUGUAUUUCAGACUUAACUGCACUGCGUUUUCUGUUCUGUCUCUUAAAAGCAGCCACAGCCUUUCAGAGCUCAGUUACCUACAUUAAAAUGCUUUGAACUCACUGCUUUUAUGACUAAAACAAUACCACCAAUGGCUCAAGCAAAUGAGAGCAUUUGAGCUGAACAGCAAAUGACUAAAAUGCAUACACUCUACAUUAAGUUUGUGAAUCUCCUUUCACAAAUUACAUUAAAAAAUGUAUGUAACUGGCUUUUUAUGUACUCAGAGGCUUGUAAGCUAUGAUGAACUGUAACCCUUUUUUCCUCUCUCUCUCUCUCUCUCUCCCCUAAGGUUUACUGCAAUCUGAUUUAUUUAACAGGCCAUAAUGCAAGAAUUGGAGUUUUUGUAAUCUAGGUUACGAAUAAAAUUAAAUAAAUACAAAAAAAAAAAAAGAGAGAAAAUUUGAAAAUCCAUCUAACUUUCAGUAAAGUUUAAAAUACUUUCCCCUUGAAGAACUAAGUUUUUGGGGCUAUUCCAAUUAGUUUCUAAUUAUUAUUACUUUUUUUUUUUUUUUAUAAAACUGGAACUAACUCAUCUGGUAUGACUACAGAUAGUAGCCAACAUGUGACCUAAAAUAUAAUUUUCAAAUGUGUCAACAAAGCUGAAGUACUCAAACUACCCAUCUUGUACUUAAAACUUAGGCAGAUAAUAUGACUAAAUGUAUAAUUUAUUGACUGCAUACAUACCAUACUAUUAAUGUCUUUUAGUUGUAAAGUAUUCAGUUCUUUUUUUAAAUAAAAGUGGCCAUGCCACAAUACCAAAAUUACUUCAAGUACACAUAGUACAGAAUGUACCCUUUCAGAUAUUGGCUGAUCAGCAUACUGUUCAUUAAUAUGCAAAUGGCUAGCUGUUUAAUAUUUAAUCAGAAUCCUAUAUUGUCUGUAUAUAGGAUUCUAUAAUAUUGUAUACUAUUCUAAAAGAUCGCAUGUUUUGAGUGACCUAUCUGCACGUUUUGUUUUCAAAAUAAUGAAAACUAUGUCCUGAAAUGUAUAGAAUAAACGGAUUAAAUGGU